GCUUUAAAACUUUUACAUGGUUCACAAGAUCUCAUUGAUUUUCUAAUAAAUGAGGUAAAAAAAUAUUCGACAAGUAAAUUUUGUAAGGAGUUUCUUAAAAUACAUGGGAUAUCUCAAGAUCCAGAUACAAAUGAUUAUAUUUUGGUUCAAGAAAAUUUUACUUGGGUAAGUGGAAAUGAAAAAAUAGAUGAUUUCGUUCAAGAAAUGCAAUUGAAAAUAAAUAACCAUGAGGAUGUAGUAUUUGAAUGGAUACCAUAUGAUCAAUUUGAUGAUAUUAAAGAAACAAGCAAAAAUAACCUUGUGACAGUAUACUCAGCAGUAUGGAAGGAUGGUCCAACAAAAUGCUCAAAAUACUAUGGUUGUCACAUUGAUAAUAUUGGUAAUAUUAAUUGUCGAUAUUCUAGUAGAUAUUCAUAUGAAAGAGUUGCUUUAAAAUGUUUACAUAAUUCAGAAAAUUCUAUUGAUUUCCUAAUAAAUGAGGCUAAAAAAUAUUCAACAAAAUAUGGGCCAUCCCCUAUAUUGUAUGGAAUAUCUCAAAAUCCAAAUACGAAUGAUUAUAUUUUGGUUCAAAAUGAUUUAAUGAACUUAGUAAAUUGUUUGAGUGGAAAUGAAAUAGUUGAUGAUUUUAUUCAAGAAAUGCAAUUAAAAAUAAAUGACUAUAAUGAUAUAAUAUUUGAAUGGAUACCAUACAAUCAGUUUAAUAAUAUUAAGGAAAUAGGUAAAGGUGGAUUUACUACAGUAUAUUCAGCAAAAUGGAAAGAUGGUCUAUUAGAAUAUGAUAAAGUUAAAGAAAUAUAUGAAAGGAAUCCAGAUAGAGUAAUUGCCCUAAAAUGUUUACAUAAUUCACAGAAUAUUAGUAAUGAAUUCUUAAAUAAGGUUAAAGAGUACUCAAUAAAUAGGAGUAGUAAUAUUCUUAAUAUAUAUGGAAUAUCUCAAAAUCCGGAUACAAAAGAAUAUAUUAUAGUUCUCAAAUAUGCUAAAAAGGGAAAUCUUAAUGAUUGGAUAAAUAAGAAUUAUGAAUAUUUUGAUUGGCAAGCUAAAUUAUCUGUAUUGGAUAAUAUCAUUUGUGGUCUUAAAGAAAUUCAUCGGAAAAAUAUGGUUCAUCAUGAUUUUCACACAGGAAAUAUAUUAUUUUUAAGUAAUAUAAAAGAUUUUAAUAUGAAUUAUAUAUCAAUUUCGGACACAGGAUUAUAUGGAGAAGUUGGUAAUAAAGAUGAAAUGAAUAUUUAUGGAGUUAUGCCCUAUGUGGCUCCUGAAGUAUUAAAAGGAAAGCUUUAUACUCAAGCAGCAGAUAUCUAUAGCUUUGGAAUGAUAAUGUAUUUUGUAGCAACUGGACAACAGCCUUUUUACAAUUGUGCACAUGACCACCAUCUAACAUUAGAUAUUUGUAAAGGAAUUAGACCUGAAAUAUAUGAACCAGAAGCACCAAGCUGUUAUAUUAAUUUAAUGAAAAAGUGUUGGGAUUCAGACCCAAACAAUAGACCAAAUAUUUUUGAAGUAAAUGAUUUAAUCACAUCGUUUUAUAAGUCAUCUGGAGUGGAUUUCUACAUUGUUGAGAAUGAAGAAAUUGAAAUGCAAUUCAAAAAAGCAGAAGAAUAUAGAAAAGCCAAUUUUUCAUCUAUUAAAAAUUACCAAGCAGCUAUUCAUUCACAGGCUAUUUAUACAUCUCGUUUACUUAAUCCUUUUACAAAAGAUCUUAAUAAUCUAAUCAAGUGAUAGUGAUAGUACAAAUU